ACAUGGCAUCUUUUAUGGACCCACGGUUCAGAACACAGUACCUGUCAGCCGAUGAGACCCAGAGCAUCAAAGAUCGAGUCAUCGCUGAGUUGCAGGAACUUCAGCAGCAUCAGCCUGAACCCCAAAGCACUGCAGCGAUGGAGGGGGAUAGUCAUGUGGGAAACCCACCUGCUGCGAAAACCAAGAAGAAAAGUCUUGCAAGUUUUUUCAAGGAAUCUACACGUGCAGCAGCAGCACCACUGUCAGGCAACACUGCAUUUGAUCCCAUAGAACAGUUUAGAGAAGCAGUGGCUGCAGAACUCAAUAUUUACAUUUAUAUGCCACUUAUAGAUCAUGGAGAAGAUCCUUUGAAAUGGUGGAAGUUUCACAAGAUCAACUUCCCUAGGCUAUGCAAAUUAGCACAAAAAUAUCUGUGUAUCCAAGCAACAAGCUCUGCGUCAGAGAGGGCUUUUAGCAGCAGUGGUAAUAUUGUAUCUAACCAUCGGUCCUGUCUGAAACCAGACAAGGUGGAUAUGCUGGUGUUUUUGUCAAAGAACCUCUCAGCAAGUGUUUCAAAAUAG